CGGAGUUCGAGUAAGGGGAUAUAUAAACAAGACGAAAGCGAGGGAAAGCUGCUACACAACAAUCUGAACUUGACGCGUAAAAAGCGCUCCUGCAGUCGAUUGUUGCACUUGGACGUUCGUGACCGAACUUUUUCCACUCGCUUUUCGUUUUCUGUUUUUUUCUGGAAGGACAAACCCGGAAAAUGGGCAGUCUCCAAUCCCAACCAGAACACACCGAGCCAGACACCAUGACCCCAUCAGGUGAUCCCACUGAAAUCCGCUGCCAGGAAGAGUCCCGCGGUGGUCUCCGCUAUGAAGUCAUCCUUGCUGAUCCUGUGACUGACACCCCUCCUAAGCCCAGGCCAGUGUCUCCUACCGCCAAGACUCCUGACAUCGAGUCCAUCACCGAGAAAAUGAUCGCAGCUGAGGAGAGGCGCAAGACUCUGGAGGCCACCAAGCUGAAUGAGCUGAAGGCAAAAAUGGGCCGCAUUGAGGAGGCUGCUAAGAAGCGCGAUGAGAAGACCCAGGAGUUCAUCAACGCCACCAAGAGCGCUCUGGAUCAGAAGAUGAAGAUCCACACUGAGAAGCACGAGGAAUUCCUUGGAGAUCUCAUCAGCAAAGUCAAGGAUCAUUUGGAAAUCGUUGACAAGCACCGACAGUCAACCACCGAGUCAGGAGACAAGAUGACUGAAGAGGUCCGCAACUCGCUGGAAGAGAGGUUGCGCACUGCCUCUGAGCAACGUGAAGAGCAUCUUAGGAAGCAACUGGAAAGGCUGAAGGAGCAUGCUGAGUCAUGCGCCCGAGUGAGGGAGGACAACAAGCAGAAGCUGGAAAAAUUGCAAAUCAUCCAGGAGCAAAUCCAAAGCAAGCUGAAGGACGCUGAGAACCGCAGGUCCAUCCACGAGGAAAAGCUUAAGUCUAAGCUGGUCGAGCAUGAGAAGCGCUGCGAAAUGGCUCGUCAGAAGCGAGAGCAGCUGCUGCUGGAAGGCAACCAGCAAGACAUGGAGAAGAAGACCGUCACCGCUUCUUCAGGAUAGGCGAUGGACCGGAGGCCAGCAUCCCUUCUCAAACUAUUGACUAACAUUUCGUUUCCCAACUCACCAGCACUAAUUCCUUGAUUUGUAACUAGAGUUAGGUUUUACUUUUAGAUGGUGGUCACUGACCAAACUAAUUUUCGGCGCAAAAAAAGAACCAAGCAUGAUGUCAAGUGAGUAAAGUGUCGAUUUAAUGUAUGUACGUGAAGUCUCAAUAAGCGAUGGAUGAGCAUUUCCUAAGUCGUCUCCGCAAAUUGUCAAAGUAAUGUGAAUGGAAACCCUUGCAACAGGUUGUCUCUGCUUCUGGGAGCAACCAAAAAAGCUAACAUAAUAACUAAUGGCUUCGUCACACAGGUUAAAUUGCUGCUUUUUAGACACGGUGAACGCUUUUUUGGAUAAAAAAAGAGGGAUACAGAGACCAAAGUAAACUUAGAUGCUGUCAAUUGCCAUAGCAGGACGAGUUUUCUUGUGAUAUGUACAAUUGGUUUGCCUUGACUUUUUUAAAUCAUUAGAAAAAGAAACGACGAAUCAAAACUGUUUUGACAGAAUUUCUAUUGUUGAAGUGCCAUUACGUGGAUAAUGAUUGAAGAAACGAGGUGAAUCGAAUGAUAAGUUUAAAGCACAGAGAAGCAAACCUUUUUGCAUAAACGGUAAAAUUUACAUGUCAUAUCAGACAAAAACCUUGUUAACUAAAAAGCUCCAGCUGCUGAGGCUGGACAUCGAACAUUCCUCAAUUGAGUUUCUCAAAUUGCUCCAAGUAAAUGUGAACAAUAAUAAUUAACUAAGUGGCAUUUGUGAAGUAGCAAUGGUGGUCUAUAUUUUUGCAAACGUAACUUUUUUCCGUGGCUGUCGUGGAGUUUUAGUAUUUUGCAACUAUACCUAUGAAAUGGUUUUUAGGUUUUUACUCAUCUACCGUCUGCUUCACCUGUGAGUUCCAAUUGUGUGUUUUAAAUAAUAUAAUUGAAGAAAACAGUUAAUAUGAAAUAGAAAAGAUACUCUCUUACCGAGUAAGGUUCACAGCAGCAUAGCUUUUCAUUAGAUGGAUAAGUAACUUAUGGAAAAAUAGCCGUUCGUUCAUUGUGAGUCAAAUAAAAUAUCACUAAAUAUACAAAA